AAACGUAUCAUUAUACAAAAUGUGAAUCAAACAAUAGGUUGUAAGAGAAUGUAUCACUUGUGUUAUCGCAUUGCAAGCGUUGCAACCGGUAGUUUUGGAUAAUCAGCAUUUGUAAUGUAACUCUCUUUUAGUUUUGUGUCAUUCGAUCGUCUCCACGAAUCGAGGCAUCUCGUUCCAUUCCAUUCCAUUCCGUUCCGUUCAAUCCCGUCGCGUCUGUUUCUCUUGAACCAUUUCUCUCCUUUCCUCUCAGCUCCAUUUCGUUACGCUCUGUUCCACACCACUCUACUCCACUCCUCUCCUCUGCAAGCCGCUCAACUCCCUCUAACAGUUGCAACCAGUGUGACUAUGGUUUCCGACGGUCGGUCGCUCAUCCUUUUGCCUGUCUCGAUCUAACGCGAUGAAAACUAUUCUUUCUCUCUCUUACGCUUUCUUCAUCCCUUCUCCGUCGCGAUAAUAUAGCUCGAUCUCGUUCUGUCGCACACGCGAGACACACCUCCCACUCGUAGCGCGCGACUGGCGUUGUGUUCAGUCGACGUCGAGCCGGCACGCGUGUUGGCUGAAUAUUUUUCUCGCGUGUUCCCGGGGUUGCGCCGUUUACCUUCUUUCACCUCGCCUCGCCUUGCCUUGCCUUGCCUUGCCUUGCCUCGUCGUGCCGCGUCUCGUCUCGUCUCGCUUUACCUCUCCUCGCCUCUCUUCCUUUUUUUUCUCGCGUCCAGUUGUGAGUUCCGGAGAGUCUCUUUGUCAACGAGUAAAUGCGAAAGUUGCGUUCGAAACGAGUAACCGCUCUGUUCGCUUUUGUGCCGUGAAACCGCAAUGAGGCGUGCAGCAACGAUGCUGGAUCAUUGGAGUGAGGACGAUCUAACCGCCUCGUGUCGUGUGUGACCGCCAAGUCUUCGUCGUUUCGAACAAGUGGAAAGAAAUGUCGAGUGGAAGGUUUGCCAGCGUAAUUGCUUUCGUUCGAUAUCCUUCGCUUCUUUCUUCGAGUUUCUCGUACCACAGUAACACGCGAUUGAAACUAAACACGUUUUAAUUAAUCUUAACUUCGACGUUAAUAUCUGCCAUCAGUUUUUCAUCGUAAAACAUAAUCAACUCGUGUUUCACCAUCAACUCCGGUCCUCUGAAACAUGGAUUUCGUAAUUUUAAAGGUAAAUGGUCAAGACGUGUCGAAUUCGAGCCACGAGGAUGCGGUACGUUGUUUUCAAUCGGCCCAAGAGCCGAUCAUCGUGGAAGUGUUACGACGUCAGCCGCAACAACAACAACAACAGCAGCAUUACCACGGUCACCGAACGCAUUGUGCUCAAGAGGAGAAAGAGUCGGAGAGACGAGAGCACGGAACGAGCAGCAACGCUUGGCCGAAUCUCGUCUCGACCGCAGUGCAGACCGAUUGGGCCGGGCUUAUCGAGACCGAGGAAGAGGUCGUGGACGAGCAACCGAACGACAGUUUCGAAGAUUUCCUCGCGCACGACAUCGACUUUGAGGAGGUCACGUUGCGGAAGACGGGCAGCGCCGAGAAGUUGGGGCUCACCGUCUGUUACAGUUCCGGUUCCGGGAGCGAGGACGCCGACACCGAGGUUUACAUCUCGGAAAUAGUUCCUGAAAGUUUGGCGGCGCGCGACGGCCGAUUGCGGGAAGGCGAUCAAAUCCUCAGGGUGAACGGGAAAGACGUGGCGAACAAGGCAACGGAAAAUCUUUUCGCCGAAACGAAGAACGCGGUGACCAUUCUGGUGAGCCGAUGCCUGUAUCAGGACGACGAUUACGAGGAGAGGCGCGCGUACCGUCGGGUCUCGCCGUUGCUCUCCCCGGACCACAUACCCUCCUAUCAGAACAGUUUGAUCGAGCAACUGAUCCGGCAACAGCAACAGCAGACGGAGGAGCGGGCCAAAGACAGGGACGAGGAGGAGGGGUCUACGUUGAGGCCCCCCGUCCCUGGUCACACCCCCUCGUCCACGUGUUCCUCCCAGACCUCGCAAAAGGGAGGCAGGAACGGCGCGUCGCCGGCGCGAGCCGUCGCGGAUCACGAGCGCGGCAAACAGGGCUGGGUGCAAGAGGCGAUCAUCAAGGAUUGCUCGAAGAAGAUGGAGGGACUGUGCGUGCGCGGGCAAUCGCAGACGGCGGGUUCUGGGCCGGAGGGUGGGGGGAGGGGGGAGGAGGGGAGCGGCGAGGGAGGGGGAGGGACGACCCCCUCCUCCUCCUCCUCCUCCGCCUCGGUCAGGCUGGCGGAGGCGUACUCGAAUCACGUGUGGAGCGAAACGGAGCAUAUAUACGAGACGAUACCGGAGUCGGAUAGCGAGCCGAUCUACUCGUCCCCGUACGAGCACCACCGCCAUCACUGGCAUCAUUCUUCUAAUCACAAUCAUCACGGGUCGGGCGGCGGGUCAGCCACGGGUCAAACCACAACCGUCUCCACGACCGUUGGGUCGAGCACCGUGGUCCAAUACUCGCAAAGCAGUCAGGGGAAUCAAACGUCGGGCGGUAGUAGAUGGUAUUGCUCGUCGAAGAGCAAUAGCUCGGGCGAGGAGAAGGACAGCUCGAGCGCUUACAACACCGGCGAAUCGUGCAACAGUAAUCCGCUCACGUUGGAGUUGCAACGCGGGGAGAAAGAUCAUCACAAGAGCACGCUGGUUCUUUGCCCUCCCAGAGUGUCCACGAUUCACCAUCAUCAGCAGCAACACCAACAACAACAGCAGCAGCAACAACAGCAGAGAUUCGGGUGCACGUGUUCCGCAUUCACCAACAAACAGAUUAACAGAAAUUAUUCGAACAAGAGAGUAUCGAGCUCGCAAUAUUACAAGGAUCGGGGAACGGAUUCGACGAGCGCGAGUAAUCUGCCCGCCGACACCAUGUACACCAAUAUCGCCAAUCUUCAACAAACGAUGCUUUUGCAGCAACAAUUGUUCAAACAGGCGCUUGAUCGAAGAAACUCGACGAUCGGUGGUUCGAGGGAGAGCAGUAGUGGCAUGACCGCGGUCGCCGCCGUUCCAACCAGCACCGCGAAAAAGUCGAGAUCCCACGGUAACUUUCAAGCGCCUAACUUGACGCGAUACCAAUUUGUCGGCAGCCAACAGGUGUGCACCUCGUCGAACUCGUGGAUACCCCCGGAAGACAAAGGAGGGAACGAGGUGCAAAUGGAAUGGAAAGUGAAAAGGCGAGCGGACGGAACGAGGUACAUCGCGAGACGACCGGUUAGAAAUCGUAUUCUGAGAAACAGAGCGAUCAAGAUAUCCGAGGAACGGGCCGGUCACAGCACGGAGGACGACACUAUGUCGGAAGUGAAGGUCGGCAGAUACUGGACCAAAGAAGAACGUAAAAGACAAUUGGAACGUGCUCGAGAACGUAAGCAGAGGCAGCAAGAGUUUCAACUGCUGCAGCAACAGCAACAGCAGCAACAGCAACAACAACAGCAACAGCAACAACAGCAGCAACAACAGCAGCAACUUCAGCAAAGCAAUGAGUUAUUGACAUCCGAGCAUGGAGAACACGAAAAGCUCGCGAAAAAACCGCUCAAUAUUCUCGAGCUUAGUCACAAAAAAAUGGCUCGUAAGAAAAACACUUUGGACGAUUUUACCACGGUUCAAGAGAUGUUGGUCCACGGGAACAGGGUUGGUGGAACGGGAGGUCCUGGAGGAACCGGAGGCAAAUUGAUGGGCCUUCUUUCGGUAACGACCGUUUGAAUCGCACCCGUCGCCACUUCUUCGUGCUUCCUUUCAUCCACCGUUUCACCCUCAAUUCUGAUCUCGUUGCUGUUCCUCCACUUUUUUCCACCGUUUGUCUUAUCCUUUCGACGAUCUUACGAUUAUUUUGCAUGACACGCAACUCACGUGAACUACGUGAAAUUAGGAAUAUGAUCGUUUCACGAAUUUCUAUUCUAUAUUUGUUUCGACGAUUUCGGCGAUUUUUCGUUCGUUUCGAUCGUGAAAAUUAAUAAACGAAUCGCAUCGUAUCGUUGAAUAUCGGUAAACGCCAACACGGUUGUACAUACUUCUUUAUAACGAUAUAACGAUAUAAAUGUAUGUAGAUUAUUUUACACGAGUUAAAACUUGUAUGGACUUGAAGAAAAUUAAUAGAAUAAAAACGCUUUUGUAGAUAUGUACAAUAACGAUCGAUUAUGUAACGAAUAAGACGCGGAUAAAAAUGGUAAAUCAGGAUUCUGUGCCCCACAAGGAAAGACGGAAGGAUAUUCGCAUUGUUUCCUAGUAAUAAUGUACAAUUUUUUUUUAAAUUCUAAAGUUUUCUUUUUUUCUUUUUUUUUUUUUUUUUUUUUUUUUUGAGAACAACUCGUGAUAUCGAGUUGUCGUGCGAGCAAUGUGAAACAGGUAAAAAUGUGCCGUAAGAGAAAAAGAUGAAAUAUAUAUGAAGAAUCACAUAUUUUAUUACGAAAUUCAAAAAUCCUUAUCAUCGACACGUGUAUCUGUUCAUGUAUCUAUUUAACGAUUUAUAUAUCCAUCUAUCUAUUGCAUGAACGAUGCGUUGAUGUUUAAGCUGCUUAAAACUUUUCGUUCCGGAAUAUUUAGAUGCUGGAUGUACGCUGGAAAGCAAUGAUGGGUCGAAAAAUUUAAUAAAAAAUCUUGCAGAUAUUGACUCAAAUUCAAGUGAUAGAUGGAAUCUUGCAGCAAAUCCGGAUCGUCCUCGUCUUCCUCAGCUUCGUUCGCAGCUUCUCCCAACACUAAAA